CCGCAGCAAUCGCACAGUGCAAUAUGGAAGUGGAGAACAGUACGUCAAUUGUUGAUGUUUGGAACAACGAGACAUCGCGAGAUGACAACACUUCUUUUUCAUUCCCGACGACACUGUCUUUCGAAAACGAAAGUGUUACGUAUGAAAAUCGAUUUGCCUGGAACGAAUACGAGCAAGGACUGACGUUGGGUGCAUACUACUGGUUGCACUGGACAUCGCAACUGCCUGGUGGUGUCAUAGCCAGGCGAUAUGGUACGAAACUCGUAUUCGGCUUAGCAAAUCUCUUAACAGCUCUCUUAGGGUUUUUAAUACCCUAUGCAACGCAUUUAUACGUCUUGAUAACUCUUCGGGUGGUGCAAGGAUUGAUCGCA